CGCCUUGGCCACAGCUUCUCGCAGUGCGCCCGGCGGUCCUGCGGAUCUGUCUCUUGCUUCAACAGUGUUUGGACGGAACAGACCCAGGGACGCCCCUGCAACCAGCCAACGACCACCCUCCAACCUCUUUUCCAGUCGCAACUUUGGGAGCCAUCUUCUUGGCCGCCCGCUGCCUCCGGGACCAGCCCACAGCCAAUUUCGGGCUUACCUCCUGAUCUUCAAUCAAUCAUGAGCUCCCAGAUUCGUCAGAAUUAUUCCACCGAGGUGGAGGCCGCCGUCAACCGUCUGGUCAACAUGCAUCUGCGGGCCUCCUACACCUACCUCUCUCUGGGCUUCUAUUUCGACCGUGACGAUGUGGCUCUGGAAGGUGUGGGGCACUUCUUCCGCGAGUUGGCUGAGGAGAAGCGAGAGGGCGCCGAGCGUCUCUUGAAGAUGCAAAACCAGCGCGGCGGCCGCGCCCUCUUCCAGGACGUCCAGAAGCCGUCCCAAGAUGAGUGGGGGAAAACCCUGGACGCCAUGGAAGCUGCCCUGGUUCUGGAGAAGAGCCUGAACCAGGCCCUUCUGGAUCUGCACGCCCUGGGUUCUGCCCGCACAGACCCCCAUCUCUGUGACUUCCUGGAGAACCACUUCCUGGAUGAGGAGGUGAAACUCAUCAAGAAGAUGGGCGACCACCUGACGAACCUCCGCAGGCUGGCCGGCCCCCAGGCUGGGCUGGGCGAGUAUCUCUUCGAGAGGCUCACCCUCAAGCACGACUAGGAGCUCCGGAGACCUGCAGCAUCCUUUGAGGAGCCCUCGCUGACACCGUGCCUCAGCCUCUCCCUGCAGCCAGAGGCAGCUUUGUAACCACCCUGGAGCCCUCUCCCAAGCCCUGGACCAAAUGGAAACAAUAAAGCUUUUUGCAGCCGCUGGC